ACAAAUCCCCAGUGUUCCAGUUCCUCGACUGGGUCCUCCGGGGCAUGUCACAGGUGAUGUUUGUGAACAACCCCCUCAGCGGCAUCCUCAUUGUGCUCGGCCUCUUCGUCCAGAACCCCUGGUGGGCCAUCUCAGGCUGCUUGGGCACUGUUGUGUCCACUUUGACAGCCCUCAUCCUCAGCCAGGACAGGUCUGCCAUCGCGGCGGGACUCCACGGCUACAACGGGGUGCUGGUGGGGUUGCUGAUGGCCGUGUUCUCUGACAAAGGCAGCUAUUACUGGUGGCUUCUGCUCCCCAUCGUCAUGAUGUCCAUGUCGUG